GGAAAAAGCAAAAGAUCUGUGGCGAAAGCGGUUGGACGCCGGAGACAAGGUUUGUGCGGCGCGGAAGAAGGUGCGCAAAUUUUUGACGGAUCUCGUGCUUCGCGACCAGGGUCGGCGACUGGAUCCGUUACUGCACAGGAUGAAGAAGAUUGACCGCAAGUUGUUUGACGGUCUCAAACGCAAUGCGAUAGAGCACCGGACCAACGUAGUUUUCGACCAUUCGAAGCCGCAUCAUAGCAAAGCCGGAACUCUAGUCAAAAGCCCGGAGCCCGGGUUGCUGUUUCCGGGGCUCUCUCCCUGCGACGGCUCCACCGAAGAGGAGGAAUCUGAGGAGCGGUGUAGAUAUUCUCCCUUGGAAGCCUUCCGGUCGCCUCCACCCUACCGACACCUGUUGACGAAAUCGCUCGGUAAAAACGACGUGGAGAUCACGUGCGGCGACAAAAGCCUGCAGCAAGUGCUGAUCGACAAGGGCCUUCCCGCCGCUCUCGAGAAGCACCUUGAAUAUCCCUACCCGGUGGAGUUGGACUUCGUGCGGUUGGACGGAGGCUGGAGUAACUCAUUCAAGCCGAAGAAAAAUCGCACCCGCGGAAGUGAAGAUGACACGGGCGGGCCAGCCGCGGAUGAGAACAAAGAUGAAGAUGAUGACAAAGAGGCGCGCAGCCCAUCGUUGUUUCUGGGUUCAGAUUUUGCGAAAUACCUGCAAGAGCGUGGAGAAGAGGUCAAGUCGGAUGACGAAUCGGCGGAGUACCGCAGCGCAUUGCACGAGAAUCACAAGCGCACUGGAAAGCGCGCUGCUUUACCGCCGAAAAAGGUGCCUCGAUUUCGAGGAUCAACACUGGAUUACAGUCCGACGUCUAAAACAAUUAAGAUUCGCUUAGAUGACUGUGUGUACAAGCCGGACACUACCCCAGACCCCCGUAACCCCGCGCGCACUCGCGGCUGCGGGGCUCUGCGGAAGGUUGACCACAAAGCUCCAAAGUUUGACUACGACGUACUGCGAAAGGUGCAUGACACAAAUGACCGGACGGUCGGCACACUCCUAGUCUGCCUUCCGGGCGCCUACAACACGCACCUCCUGCCACAUGAGUAUGUCAACUCGGACGACAACGAAAAAAAUGCUACUACAAUGGUAGGACGCUUCAAAGAAUCGGUCGCGCUUUCUGGCAUGGGGGCCGCCCGGAUGGUCGAGGGGGACGACGAAAGCGACGACGAGUCGGAAGAGGGGUCCGAAGAGGACGGCCUCGAUGACGACGAGACUGAUGAGGAAGCGUGUGACAACUUGGAAAUGGGCCAGUGCAUGCCAUACGGGAUCAGCACCAAGGAGCUCCCGGAGAGCUUCCGUGCGAGGUUCAGGACGCGGGCUCCGAGCGUUGUCCCGGAGGAAGGAGGUGCUGCUGCUGCUAGUACCGACAAUCCCGGCGUAGUAGACGAAGAAAGUGUAGAAGUAGGUGUAGUUGAUGUCGCAGCGGGCACUUCUGGCGCCGGUCAGUCCGCUUUCGCAGGGAAGACUCCUGUGGCACCGCAGCCAGGAGAUGGAGACGUGGAACACGCUGCUCACGAGGGCAGUGCGUCGGAGAGUCAAAAGGUGGCAUCCUGUGCCGAGGAUGUUGGCCAAAACGAGACGAAAGAAAAGUUGGUGGCGAGCAGAAAAGAUGAUCCCGGCUCUGCGAUUGCAGCAGAAGAAGUGGCGGAUCAGAACGACGACGAAGCUUCAUCUUGUGCGAGCGCGGCUGCGGAGGACGAACAUGAACACCCGGAGCCGUGCUCGGCACGGUUCACCGCUACGCGACUGCACGCCGUCGCCCUUGUUCGUGGCACCAAAUUCGACGUCCGAGAUCUCAAGAGCCUCUACGGCCACUGCCUUGUAGCGGUUUUCCGAAUCUCACGGAAGCGGUCCACACCCCUGCUGGAUCGCAUACCAAUAUUGCGAGACUACAUCGCGCCGCUGUUGGAACAGGACGGGCCGGAAGGUGCUACAGACACAAAAGGCGCCGCUCUGGCCCCUGGCAGUAGUGAUUCAGCUACCUCCGUCGAAAGAACAACUCCGGCAAAAAUUUCGCCUGAUCUUGAUGGAUACGAGCUCUGGAAGAAAUGGCAUCGGGGACCGAUUCUUGGAAUCGAUUCAUCCGACGACGAGGCCGGGGAAGAAACUGCACAAGAAGAUACCUCCCCGCGGACACAAGGCGUGGACAAGGUUGUCAAGCUCGCGGAACGACAUCACUUGCAAAAGCUCGGAUUUUCUGCGGCGCAGGUGGCCGAGGACGAGGAUUUUACCUUCGACUGCACACGCUGGGUGCUGACCAACUGCAGAUACAGUCGCGAGCAGGAAGACAUCUGCACCGACACAGUUCAUGGCAAGCACCUCCGCACGCUGCUGCAGCGGUUGUGGGAUUCGCCGAAGUUUCUUCCCGACGGGGGGGUCAUCCACCUACCCUCCUACGAAAAGUACUCCAACUUGGAACUCUUUCCUCUGCGCAGUGACUCUCCGGAGCAACCCCUGCACCCUCGGCAGAUACGCCGGCUGCACGGGCUGGACAAAUUGUUUGCACGAAGCCUGAACGCCCAGAGGCUGGGGUUUUUCGACGACAAAAAAGGUGACGACGCGUCAGCAGAAGAAGAGGCGCUAGUUCCUGGAACGUUGCUGCACUCCGGAAUCAAGACUGUGAAGCAGGCACAGCUGUACUACCGCCCGCACAUCAUUCCUGUGGCCCGGGCCCGGAAAGAAGUGAAAGACCCCCUCAAAAAAUUAGAUGGCCACCACGGUGAUCUCAUGCGAUUGACCGAUGUUCAAGCGGUGGACCGCCUGCCCCCGAUGCGUUGGCGGAUGCAGCAUGGAAGUGUAGCAAAAGAUUUGCUGGACGACGGGGUCACAGCAGCAGCUUCGAGGAAUGUUGUCACGGCGGCGUUGCUGCUGGGUUCACGGAUUCAGCUUCCAGUGCCAUCGGAUGGCCCCCCCUGUGUACGCACUUUCUGCUUCGAAGACGACACGGUCCCCCACGACCAAGGGGAAGACCCAAAGUGGAUGUACUUCCCCGAGUCAGACAUUGCCGCCUUUCCUCAAAUGCAGCAGUUCCUUACCGACUGCGAGCGGCACUGCAACCGAUUCGCUGGCGUACGAGUCAGCAAACCAGACAAAACUCAGAACGCCGGAUCACCCAGCGUCAUCGGCUGCAGCUCCGAAUUUUCUGGACAAGAUGUAGAAGAACCGCAGUUGGCUGGGCCGCGGGGACCUCGUUUAUUCGCUACGACAGGUAAAAUCGAGCGCCACCGCGUGAGCACCGUUCUGAAGCUCAAGGACGACCACCGCCAUGACGAAAUGUCUUUUAUGUUUGGAGGUGCAGAGGUCGACUGUUACGACCACGGCAGCAUGUUUUGUGCUAGCGUUAGCCAGUCGAGCGUAGAAACGAGCCUUGCAUUGGUGCCGUCGAAGAUUCCCGAAGAGAGACAACUUGCACGGGACGAGUACCCAGUUCUCGAUGCCAUGCUUACAUUAGGCGGCAUGCUCGAGUUGCAUGUCCCGCCAACGAGCGCGAGAAUGAACGUUCCCCAUUUCGAAGAGAUGCAGAACACAGUUUAUGGCGACGAAUAUCGGACUGCAGUCGAUCGCAUUGCCAAGGCUGACGAAGCUGCAGCAGCUGCAAACGUGGCACGGAACGUAAUCGCGCAAAACAAUCCAAAUGCGGGAGAACCGGCUCACGAACGGGAAGCCCGCCUAGAAGAAAGGCGCUACGCCGAGCGUAAGGCGGAGGAACAUCGGAACCACCAAUCAGUCGCAGGCCAUACCCUAGAAAACGAGUUGAACCGAGCCUGCGCGACAGUUGGAUGCAAGCGCGCGCUUUUGCUCGCAGACCGAGACUACAUUGUGCCUCGUACCGCUCUGCACCUUGGUCCUGUGGCGAUUUUGGGUCGGGGUUCUGCCCGUAUUAUACCUUGGGAGCGUCUACAAACCACGCGGCUCAGGAUGGCGCUCGACGAUCAGGUUUGCGCGCACAACCCUCGUCACCGUUGCCCAUUUCAGGUGCGCCUUGAGCUCCUCGACGCGCUCACCCUUUUUUGGAUCACCUGCAGCGCCGGGGACCUCUUCCACGCGGCCACGCAACCGGCCUACAAUAAGGAUGUUGUUGGCGCUCACGUCACAAAGAAGCCGGAAUUUCCGUGCUCCAUUCUUGUACGGAGUGCCCCGGCGCAGAACGACAAAGCUCUCGCCCCGACCUCCCGGUCGGAUGAUGCAUUCCGGAAUGAACAGUGGGAAAUCAGUGACUUCGAGCGACUCUACAAUCUGUUGCUGCGAACAGCAAGCUAUCUGAUUCUCGGGGGUCCGCGAACCAACAAGCAGUUUCUCCCGACGUUGGAGCACGCGUGCUUCCACUCUUCGGCCAAAGCGGAGGCGGACGAAGCUCAGCAGGACAAGAUUUUUCCCUUGUGCUGUUGUGGGAGUGAUCUUUGGCGUAGCAGACCGCCGGACAACUGGGUUCAUCACAUAAGAGCGGUGGAGUUACUGAGUGCUGCAGAUUUUUCCUGGUCGAUCGCCGUCCCCAUUGAUCCGGCGUUCACGUUUUCCGCCUGGGGCCGCCGACUUUGCAGGACGCCCACGGGAGCACAGGCGAGACAUUUUGGCCGCGCGAAUGGCCACCCCAGCUGCUACGCUGCAGCUAGAAGCAGUACUACAGAGCCGCAGGCGCAGCCGCCAAUGAACUUUGAAUUACGUUCCGAG